AUGAUGUCCAAUCCACCUUCAUCUCUUCAGCAACGACAAAGGCUACAUCGGAGACAAAAUUCCACGCCUGUUGUAGCUUUCGAAGCCAUGAAGGUCGCCGCCAACAUGCCGCCACAACGCCAGAAUCUCCACAGACGGGGCCAAUCUUUUGACCAACAAAGAAGCCCAAUUCGCAAACACCAGGAAGGCAGCACGGUAAGUAUUACUAACCUAGGACCAAUCCACGGACAGCAGAUUUUGCGGGAAGCGCAGCAGCAAAGAAUAGCUAGACCGGGCCAGCAACAACAGCAACACAACAUACACUUAGACAUGUCAAUUUCUCCAGAUUGCGGUAUAUAUCCGGCGGUUUCAAAUUCAAUCCCCGACCCGUCGUGUGAACGCAUGACAACGAAUGCGAUCAUGCACCAGAAUCCCCCGGGUAUUGAUUUUGCACAUUCACAGCUAUACUUCUCGGAUAUGAACAUGCCGAUGCAAAAUGGAAUUCCGAACAUGGGGCUCAUGGACGAGAACAAUCCCCAGUAUCUUCAAAAUGCUCAAAGCGUUCAUUCCCAACAGAGCAACGGCAUGUCUUUUGGCAACCGGAGAAUGUCGCAACCAGAUCUGCGGGUGCAGACUCAAUUGCCUCAAUUUCCUCUUACGCCUCCCUUCAGCCAACACACCCCGGCUGUUCAAUACUCACGAUCAUUGAAAACAUCGCCUGCUCUUCAAUCGCCGUAUCCAGUACCAAUGUCACGAGGAAGAUCCCUGCAGGGUAUUAUCGAGAAUGAAGAAUUCAAGCAAGACUAUUUGGCCACACCUGCCGGUUCUUCCUUCGAAAUCGCCGAGAUGGCCACUCCUGAGCCCCGUAGACGAGUUCAGACCCCUCCCCUACAACAACUUCCUGACCCAACAAAGGUCAAGGCUGAGUCAACACCGAACAACGAUGAUGCGAAACUCUUUGAAAACGGUGACUCUCGGGCGUCCAAGCUUGCAGACCAGCCUGUACCAGUCCUGAGUUCUGGGAGAGGUCCUGCGGGCAGCACCUCCCCUGGAAGGCCCGCUCUUUCACCUCGACGAAUGUCCAUUUCAGAUCUCAAUCUAGACCCCGGUAUCGAGGCCUCCAUAGAAGAGACCAACAUCACACUGGAUGAUAUCGCACAGUUCAUUGAGGGUCCAGAUCCAGCAGACAACAAAUGGAUCUGCAAGUACGAAGAUUGCAACAAGAGAUUUGGCCGGAAGGAAAACAUCAAAUCGCAUGUUCAAACUCACCUCGGUGACCGACAAUUUCGAUGUGAUCACUGCAAGAAAUGCUUCGUGCGUGGCCAUGACCUAAAACGCCACGCCAAAAUCCACACUGGCACCAAACCGUACCCAUGUCUAUGCGGAAACUCAUUCGCUCGCCACGACGCCCUGACGAGGCAUCGACAACGAGGCAUGUGUAUUGGUGCAUUUGACGGUGUGGUCAAGAAGGUGAUCAAGCGAGGUAGACCCAGGAAGCACAGACCAGACAUGGAGGAGCGCCUUGACAAGGCCAACCGAACGAGGCAGAAGACCAGUGAAGCGCAAGAUGCCUAUACAUCUUCCGCCUCGAGCUGUUCCAUCUCGAGUUGGGGAUCGCCACCAACGGAGCACAUGGACAAUUUGAGCAUCAGAGGCACCUCACCUUUCGAGGGCAUGGCUCUCUUCGGCAUGCCCCAGCAAAGCCCAAUGAAUAUUGAUCCGAUGAUAAGCUUCCCACCCGACACCUUCUCGUUCACGCCGCCCGCGAGCCCAGGCUACUCGACAGGCAAUAAACCGAGUCCGUCCUAUCGAGAGCUGACGCCUGCAGAACUAGGCGACAUCCCUGAUCUCCAACAAAGUGUGGCGUCACAGCUGCUGCCAGAACUUCCCACAACGGACCAUAGCCUACCGCUGAUGAGCACCGUCAAUGUUUAUUCUGGCCACAGUCUGCCGAGCCUGUCACACUCGAGCUCGUCCCCAGCCGCUGACGUCGUGGCCUUCGACUUCUCCGACCUGCCUACCGACUCGUCGGUCACGAUACACUCGAGCUUGUCACAAAUGCCCAUGAAACUCGAGUCGGAGAGAAAUGACUUCGACACAUUUCUCGAUUAUGGCGGCAUGGAGAUGGGCCUUGAUACCUCUAGCCAGGAUUUCUUCUCCAUUUAA